AACUAUGGCGCCUGGCGCCUCGAUGACACGUCCAUGAAGCAACAGCAACAGCCACAGCCGCCGCCGCACUUUGCCACGAACAGCAGCUAUGAGCAACAGCCACAUGUGCAACAUCAGCGCAAAGCUCAGCCCUUUAACUUUUAUGCACGCGACUACUACUUCCAGCAACAUCAGCAGCAGCAGCAACAUCAUCAGCUGCAGCAAACACCACAAACAACUCUAAGCAAUGGCAGCAUGAGGCAGCAACAUCAACAGCAGCAACAUGUAGAGGAGCAGCCGCAUACGAUCAUCAUCGAGGAGAGCGACGACAAUGAGGUGGACGAGGAGCAGCGUAGUAUGGCCAGCUGCAUGCGGCAGAAUUUCAAUCAGUAUAUGGCCCAGAUGAAGCAGUUUGCACCCGAACCUCCCACUCCUCAUGAGGCCGUUGAGACAUUGUGCAAUAGCAGCAGCAGAAACAGCAACAGCAACAACGCAACAAAUGCCAAUCAAACGGAAGCUACUACAACUACUACUAAUAGUAACGAUAAUGCUAAUAAUAAUAAUAAUAAUCAGAGUUAUGCUAACAAUACUAGGAACAACAACAACAAAAGGCAGCCGGCACCGUGAAUGCAGAAAAACACAGCAGCAACAACACAGCAACACAGCAACAUAGCAACAUAGCAACAUAAACACAGCAACACAGCAACCAAUUGAUACUCAAAAUACAUAAGAAAAAUCAAACAGAAUUCUAACUGAAUGAAUUGUUGACCAUGCAAAAUAAAAUGUUGAAUGGUAAGCCAAAAUUAUUUGUCAAUUAUGUAAGAGGAAAGAGGAAUAUGGAAAUGGAAAGGAAAAGGAAUCUAAAGCUGAUCUGUGCAGAAGGCGGACGACACAUUGUCAUGGUUUCAACUAGACACGGAGACACAAAACACACACACAACACCCA